GAUCAAUACCAUCCCAAGCUCUCUAUUUCCUAACUAAAUCUCUCCUUUUCAAGUUUUCCGAGAUAUCUCUGCCCACUUUUGCUUCAUUCUUCUACCUUUAGACACUCAUAUUACAAUCAUGGGUUUCCGCUUUGCAAGCUUAGUACAUGCCAAGCAACUCAUUCAGAGGCCUUUUUCAAGCACAAAAGAUAUUCCGAAAGGAUUUUUAGCAGUUUAUGUUGGCGGUGAGAGCAGAAUGAAGAGAUUUGUGAUCCCUGUGGCAUACUUGAACCAGCCUUCAUUCCAAGACUUUCUAAGUCAAGCUGAAGAAGAAUUUGGAUUUGAUCAUCCAAUGGGAGAUCUUACAAUUCCUUGCACAGAAGAUGCUUUCAUCGAUCUAAUUUCUCACUUAAGCUCCUAAUCUUAUGAGUUUAGACACCAAUAGAUGAUAACAGCUAAAGAUUGUUAGGCAGACAAUGCCAUAUACCUUGUAAAUAUUUUCUCCUUGGGGACUAACAACAAAGUUGUCUACAAGAAUGAUACAAAUGAAUAUUAUUGGAAAUUUUCUUCCAUAUUUCUCUGUGAUUGGAACCAUUUUUUCUUAAGAGUAUCAUAUAGAAUCCUUCUCCAUGUCCUUGGUCUACAUUCUUUUUUGGCAUUUUCAAAACCAAAAAAACAAAAAAAAAAUUAAGUACAAAGGAAAUUCUUGACAUAUAGGAAGGUAAAAUUCAAAUACCAAGCAAAUGAGUGUAUGUUUCAUAAACGCUUCCAAAGAUCUCAGUUUCAUUUUUUGAGAAGUCACUCAAAUGAGAAUUUUCUAUAUAUAUAUAUACAACUAUCACUAGUAGUCAAACAAUUUCCUUUCCAGGGUCAAAGUAUAUGAUGUACAGAAUUGUUUCUGCAAAAUUCUGUUAGUUCUAUGAUUUACAAUCAAUUCAACUGAGGUAUGAGAAUAAUGAAGAUGCCUUCUCUGCAAGGAAUUGUGAUUCCACCCAUUGGAAGUUCAUAUCUGAAUUCUUCUCCAGCCAUAAUUAGCAAUUCUUGAAACACAGGCUAUCAUUUUGGUAAGAAAGAGGUACUACAUAUAGCUUCUUUUGAUCCUCUCCAACAAAGACUUCAAAGUAGCCUGCCUUUUGUGGUGGUUUUGAACUAGUUCAUCUUUUUUUUUUCUUUUCUUUUUUUUUCCACCUGUAUAUGAUACACUGAAUUUGUUAAUAUUAAACAAAAAUAAAGGGUUUAAUGCCAUGUGUGAUUUUCUCAUGUACUUGGCUCUUUAGCUUUGAGACUUGGCACAAGUCAAAGCUUUCCUCGGAUCU